AAAAGGGAUGCGUCACUCUCCAAAUGCUUGCUCUAUAUAGAGAUAAUAAUGUGGAGGAAAUUGUUUGUUGCUGCAAGAGGUUGCGUUUUUCAAGCUAGAAUGGCGACGUUCGAACUUUAUCGUAGGUCGACGAUCGGAAACUGCCUCACUGAGACUUUGGAUGAGAUGGUUCAGAAUGGAACUCUUAGUCCUGAGCUUGCGAUUCAGGUUCUUGUUCAGUUCGAUAAGUCUAUGACUGAAGCUCUGGAAACACAAGUUAAGAGCAAGGUCUCUAUCAAGCCUUUUGCUCUAUACUAUCUCAAUUUUCCAUCUCUUUUUAAGAGAGUGGGCUGAAACUAAGUAGACUAUUGCUGGAUAGCGAGGCUGUAGACUAUUUAUGUCUCAUGUUAAUGAUGAAAACUGUGGCUUGUUCAUGUAACAGUUUAAGAUGAUUAGAUAAUUUAAUGAGAAUGGAGUUUUGUGAUUUAGCACCACUGUAUUGCAUGGAUGCUUUUAAUGCAUAUUGAAAUGACACUGUUUCUUGUUUUUUUAGAAUAUAUAGAAUAUUGAUAUUGAUUUGACUGUGGGCUGCCAUUUCAUGUUGUUGGUGUGUUUAGUAGCUUGAGUUGUGAAUCAACCAAGACUUCUAAACAUCUUUUUAUUGUUUGUAUUACAUAUGUGGUUUUGAUUUGUAGUUUAUGAUUUUUUGCUGAAGCCAAGUCUCUAAUUAAUGGACGUAAUUAAUUACCUUUUUUUUUUCUUUCCCAUGGGUGUUCAUUUUCUUUUCAC